AUGCGAUUGGAAUAUCAUGUUGCAUGGCUCCUGGCCUUCAUAGGGUUGGCAGACAGAUCCACUUCGGCUUAUAGACCAGUGACCUAUACGGACUCAACCAGGUCCGAUAUUGCGGUCAGCGAGGACCAUGUGUCCAAACCCAGCUCCGACAGUAUACUUUCCUCCGUUAUCAUUCUGGACCAUGGGAAGGAUGUGGAAGGACACCCUACCUUCCACGCCACUCGGAGAUCCGGAAAUAACUCGUCCAUCUCUGCGCACGCUGGUUUAUCAGAACCUGGGAACCCAUCGAUUGCAUCUGCGUCAUUGCCGCCAUCUGUCGAGCUCAAUAAGUGGUAUACGGUUCAUAGCGUGGCGAAUCCUAGCCAUAUCUCGGUUCAGAUUGCCGGCUUCUUGGUGUCACGCUUCUCACAGACUUCGUCCUUCCUUGGCUCUUUUGGUUUAGGUGCAUCUUGGGGUCAGUCGGCCUUAUUCACCAACGUCUCCCUUACCUCCUCUGGAAAACAGAUGUACUUCUCUUCCUUGACCAACAAACCUGUCCUGCAAGACUUCCUGCUCGGAACCAAUCCUCUACCCGUCAGCGUUGACGGCUCCCGAGUCGACCGUACUGUCUACGCAGAUCUCGAUGUCACUGCCAGCAGCGCCUUCGCAAGUACUGUCGGGCUUCAAUACAUCAAUGGCUCCAUUGAGCCCUUGGGACCCUUCCAAAUGCCACCUGGAUUCUUUUGCUAUGGCCGCUACUACGAGCAAACGGGAGAUACCGGGUUUUUGGACCGUUGGACACCCAGCGUUAUCCGGAUCUUCAACUGGGCUCAUCCGCAGACUCUUUCGAAUGGGUUGUUCAACAUUUCAAACCCAACUAUGGGAGCUGACUGGAACUACUACAAUCCUUCACUAAGUGGAGUGGUCCCCAAGAUUAACCUCAUUUACGCAUAUUCCUUGAAGCAAUGGCUCCCACUCAUGGCCGACGCCGGACAGAACACAGCCUUAGACUCCAACGCCCUCGCCAUCCUAAGCGACACCACAAUCGGCAAUCACAGCGCGAGCACCAUUCUUUCUACCUUAGCACAAGAGCUAUAUGUACCAUCCGGGGCCCUAUCUUUCUCUACCGCCAGCACAACACACAGCUGGGCACGCAAAACCAACCUCUUUACUUCUAGCUAUCAUCUGAAGGCUGCUUUCCACGCCAACGACAGCAACACUGUUUGGUAUCUCCUUCAUACAGACUGGGGACCUAUGAGUGAUCCGAAGCACACCAACUAUACGGGCUGUAUAUGGGACACGCUGGAUGUUGAUGGGGCACCCGGACUUGGUGAUUCUACUUCGCUGUGCCAUGCUUGGAGUUCCGGGCCUACGGUGGAUUUGAGUCAGUAUGUUCUUGGUGUUCAGGUGGUGAGCCCUGGCUUCAAAGAAUGGAAGAUCCAACCUCAGACAUUUGGACUUGACUGGGCACAAGGCGAAUAGCCUGUUCUGUAGGGGAAAAUUAGGGUGAAUUGAUGGUUUGAUCGGAGUGAUCUGUUGCACAUGGAUGUGAUUGCUCCAGAAGGGACGAAUGAGACUGUCUAUAUUCCUAUUCCGCUGCGAAGGGCGUUGGGAAAGUACAAUGCCUCGAGCCACGGCUUAAAGCAUGAUGAUUCUUCUGUUGUGAAGGGUGAUCGUUUCACUUUUCAGCAAGUAGAACAGACUUGGUACCGUGGGUAUAGAAUGCUCUCGUUUUGUUUUUGGUUGUUGACUCUUAUUCUCACGCUUUCUUUUUCUCGAUUGUGAUACUUUUAUAAUGAAUUGGAAUGACCGCA